GGCAGAGCUGGGCGGAGGCGGUGGCGGCCGGAGGAGCCCGCGCUCGGGGCGGCGGCCGAGGCAGCGCCCGAGUCCCGGUCGGCCCCUGACGCGGCCCCUGCCCCUCGCGUGGCCUGCUCGGCGGCGACCCGGCCCGGGCGGCGGCGGCGGCUUAGGAGCGGGCUCGGGCCGCGGAGGGCGGUUCCGGCCGGCCCGCCCGCUCCCCCCGGCAGGGCGCGGCCGCGCGGGCUCGCGGGCGCGGCAGGAAGCGGCGCGGGCGGGUGAUGCCCGAGUGAGCGGGCGGCCUGCCCACGAGGCGGCCCACGGAGCGCGCGCCCCGGCUGGUUCCGGCCCCGCGACCCUGAAUGCCCCCGGGCCCGGCCGCUCCGGCGCGAUGGGGAAGGUGCUGUCCAAGAUCUUCGGGAACAAGGAGAUGCGGAUCCUCAUGCUGGGCCUGGACGCGGCCGGCAAGACCACCAUCCUGUACAAGCUGAAGCUCGGCCAGUCGGUGACCACCAUCCCCACGGUGGGCUUCAACGUGGAGACGGUGACUUACAAAAACGUGAAGUUCAACGUGUGGGACGUGGGCGGCCAGGACAAGAUCCGGCCGCUCUGGCGGCACUACUACACCGGGACCCAGGGCCUGAUCUUCGUGGUGGACUGCGCCGACCGCGACCGCAUCGACGAGGCCCGCCAGGAGCUGCACCGCAUCAUCAACGACCGGGAGAUGCGGGACGCCAUCAUCCUCAUCUUCGCCAACAAGCAGGACCUGCCCGAUGCCAUGAAGCCCCACGAGAUCCAGGAGAAACUGGGCCUGACCCGGAUUCGGGACAGGAACUGGUAUGUGCAGCCCUCGUGUGCCACCUCGGGGGACGGACUCUAUGAGGGGCUCACAUGGUUAACCUCUAACUACAAAUCCUAAUGAGCGUUCUCCACCCAUCCCCGGAAGGAGAGGAAUCGGAACCCAUUCAUAGGAUUAUCGCCACCAUCACCUCUUCCAAUGGCCACUUUCUCUUCUUUUCAAUUCGAACUCUGGAGUUACUGUUCAACGGUUUGGGGGGGGUUGAGGGGUUUUCUUUUUUGUUGGUUUCUUUUUUUUUUUUUCCCCGCUUUGCGUUAGAAUGCUCUGAUCUGACAUUUGACAUGAACACGAAGUGCUAGAUGCUCUUGUUGACUUCCAGCAAAUGGGAUGGGGAAAUAUAGCAGUUCUUGGUAAAGUCCUUUAUAAUAAUGGUUUGAUUUUUUUAUUUCGAGAGAAUCUUUUUUUCCAAUGUAUGCUUUUUUUCCUUUUUGCCCAGUUUCCUUAUCACUUGCUGUAGAUGGCUUAUUUUGCAUUCAUGCAGACUAUGUUGCAAGUCUGUUUCAUCUAGUAAACUGAAAAUUAUUGCUUAAUCAAACUGCCGUUUGUCUUUUAUAUUUAAGGCCUUUUCUCCUUCCCUUAUGAGUUCUAACUUUUAGUAAUUUCCAGUGUGACCUUUUAUCUAAGACCAGUAUAGUAAACUUAGCCCACAGUGGCAAAUAAUGAGUAAUAUCAUUGUAAUAUAUUCCAGUUGUACAUCAGUAUAUUAAAACAGGUCAUGUAAGAAGUUCUUUGAAAUGUCAGCUAUUAAAUUCUGAAACAUAACACCAUGCAUGAGUAGGGAUAAAAGUCAAGUUCCCCAUUACGUAGCUAACUUACACUGCAUAAAACUAUGAAAAAACUAUGAAAGUGUAACCACAGAUUUUUUUCACUGCAAAGUUAGCAACUUUGCUGUGUUUUCCCUCUUUUUUAACUUUAAAAAUAGACUCUUUCCAGAAAAUGGAGCAAUAAUGGUCUAUGCCACACACAGAUGAAAUAUUUGUAGAUAUCUUAAGUGACUUUUGGGCAAAACUGGAAUAUAUACUUUUACCAUGUUUCAAAUGUCUAAGACCAAUAAUUUUAAAAUUACUAGAACGUUUACUUUGUUCAUGAAUAAAGCAUUUAACAAUUCAAAUUAUAUGCACCUUUUACCUAGUUGGAAAAAUACACGUUCUUGUUUUCACAUUACAGCAACUGAUUAAGCUGACAGUAGAAGUCUUUUUUUAUAGAUGAGUGAUCCACAUCUCCAUUAAUUAGAACACUGGAAAUGAUGUUUUAUAGGAUAUUUAAUUCUGGUUGUAGGAUUAACUCAUGCAAGUCAGAUAUCCUGUUGGUUCAAUAAUACACUAUCUCCUUUAAUGAAGGAAAUGUGAUGAAUGAAUGAUGUGUAGACGUGAGGAAUGACAAUUAAAGGGGAGGUAGGAUGAAGAGGAAGAACCUACAGAUGACGAUGAAUGUAAACUCAUUUUUCUUCAAGGGUAAGCAGUGGGCUCACUGGUGAUACCCAGAUCCUAAGGAGAUUACUUGCUUAGCUGGUUAGGACCAGUAACUAGAUUACUGAGACCAGUAUGAUAAUACUUUGAACCAAAUGUUAAUGCUUGGUAACAGAAUUGUGAAGCAGCAUCUGGUUCUUAUAUAGCCUUAAGGAUUAAUUUUGGAGAUCCUCAAGGAAUUAAACUUAGGGAAUUUCAGAAACAUAGACUGCAAAAGCAGUACGCAGGAAAAGGUGGAGUUGGUUUUGUUUAUGAGGGUAUUUGAAAACUAAAAUUGAGCGGGAUAUCAUGGUAUCUAGUUGGACAGUAUUGGUCCUUCAUGCUUUGGCCAUAUUGUGUAAAUGGAGCUUUUACCAAAGACAUACGAGAAGCAUAAGGCUACAAAAAGUUAACUCUUCAAAGUAAAACUUUUGGGAAACAUUUUGCUUAAAGCAGAUAAGAAAAGGUGCUAUGUCGUAGGCUCCUGAUGGUGCAGAGGGAUUUUUGAAUUCAAAAUGCAACUAAAGUAUAAAGUUCUGUUUCACUUCAGUAGAAUAUCUCUAGAAGCUGUCAGACAUGUAUAAGAACAUUUUAGUUGCCUUUGAAAUUCCCAAAGCUCCACCAUAAAUUCUUAGUGUUUUAGAUGAUUACAUUUAAGGUACAUAAACAUGGGUUAUACAAAUAUCAAUGCUGUAGUAACAUCCAGAAAUAAGACAAGCACAAAGGUAUAAAUGCCUAAACUGGAGGAAACUUGAAACCCUCAUGUUAAUUCUUAAAUGUAGUAUUUCUAACUUGUGACAGACAGAUUGGUAGGCAGCCGUUUUUUUUUGUCUUAAAGUAACUGGGGGCAUAGUUAAAAUUUUAUACAUCAAGUAAUUGCUAUUAAAUGUUGCAGAUGAGAUGUAGUUAUUUUUAGUUUAUUUGAAAUGUCUAACUGAAAGGAGUGGGGGAAGUAAAUAUUCAAAAUUUGGAAAACCCUAAACCUUUUGGUAAGAAAUUGUAAUUUUCACUUUCAUUUUCUUUAAGGAUAAAAAAGGUUGAUAAUUGAUGUAGUUAAAUUGAACCAUAACCAUUGGUGAUCAUGGAGCAGGUAAUUACAGCCUGCAGAAAAAGUUAUAAUCUAAGAAUUUAAAAAAUAAGAUCCUGAAGUUUUUGUUUAAUUGCAUCAAUUUCUGUAUUUAUGUAAAUUUAUAAACUGCAGUAAGUUUUGAAUGAGGUUAAUCUUGUCUAAUAUAAGUAAAUGAGUCUGUAGACUGUGAUCUCCCCAAACUAAAAAGUACAGUACUUGGAAUUGUGUUCUUUAUGGUUGUAGUGUUGGUAAAGCACUCAUAUGCAGAAAAUAAAGGAAUUACACAGUG